CAACCACAACACCUUCUUUCUCUCUCUAUAAAUACAAGUCCAUACCCACUCAGUGCACCUUAUCAUCUCUCUCUACCCAAAAGUCAGCGCCUUCUUUUGUCUUUUCUCUCUCUCAACGCGGACACACCCUGCAGAGUUUGUCUCCACGCUUGUCAUGGCGGAAGAUUGGGAUCUACACGCGGUGGUCAGAGGUUGCUCCACCGUCACCUCCUCCUCUUCCUCCACCACCACCACCUCCGGCUUCGGCUCAGGCUCAGGCUCCUGUUACCUUCACCACCCCGCCGAACCUUCUUCUUCUUCCUCUUCGGCCUUUUCCAUCUUCAAGGGUGAAGAAGGAAGCCACGUUUUGUCGCUUUCCGCUUACCCUUUUGAGGCCAGAAGCUCCAUUGAAGAGUUGCAUGAGCUUUGCAAGCCCUUCUUCUCCAAAUCUCAGCCUCUCUCCCCCUUGUCCUCACUCUCUUCUUCUGUUUCGUCUGCGCCACCCAAAUCACUUUCAACGCAGCACCAACAGAGGAACAAGCAGCCACACGCAGUCACCACCCCACGAUCUAAAAGAAGGAAGAAUCAGCUUAAGAAGGUUUGUCAAGUGCCAGUGGAGAAUCUCUCCUCAGAUAUAUGGGCAUGGAGGAAAUAUGGACAGAAACCCAUAAAGGGGUCCCCAUAUCCAAGGGGUUACUAUAGAUGUAGCAGCUCAAAGGGGUGUUUGGCAAGGAAACAAGUUGAGAGGAACAGAUCAGACCCAACAAUGUUUAUUGUGACAUACACUGCUGAGCACAACCACCCUGCUCCUACUCACAGAAACUCCCUUGCUGGUUCCACACGCCAGAAGCCAUUCUCUCUCUCAACGCGGACACACCCUGCAGAGUUUGUCUCCACGCUUGUCAUGGCGGAAGAUUGGGAUCUACACGCGGUGGUCAGAGGUUGCUCCACCGUCACCUCCUCCUCUUCCUCCACCACCACCACCUCCGGCUUCGGCUCAGGCUCAGGCUCCUGUUACCUUCACCACCCCGCCGAACCUUCUUCUUCUUCCUCUUCGGCCUUUUCCAUCUUCAAGGGUGAAGAAGGAAGCCACGUUUUGUCGCUUUCCGCUUACCCUUUUGAGGCCAGAAGCUCCAUUGAAGAGUUGCAUGAGCUUUGCAAGCCCUUCUUCUCCAAAUCUCAGCCUCUCUCCCCCUUGUCCUCACUCUCUUCUUCUGUUUCGUCUGCGCCACCCAAAUCACUUUCAACGCAGCACCAACAGAGGAACAAGCAGCCACACGCAGUCACCACCCCACGAUCUAAAAGAAGGAAGAAUCAGCUUAAGAAGGUUUGUCAAGUGCCAGUGGAGAAUCUCUCCUCAGAUAUAUGGGCUAUGAUAAUGGAGUGUGUGUAA